AUGGAUGGGAUGAGAAUUCGGGGCCCCGCCCCUAAUUACAAUUCCAUCCCUCAAUUUCACGACCCACACGAAGAAGUCGAGCCACAACCCGGCCCUUCGACAUCUACCGUAGUCACGCUGGAAAAUGAGGAAAAUCACCAAGAAGAGGACGAUCAGCCGGUUCUGCAAGAGGAAAAGAAGGAAAUCGCAAAACUCGGAGAGCAGACGGUACCAAUCCACAUUGUCUCGUGCUCGGCCUACGGUGGUGAUCGCUACAAUGUGCUCCGCGCGCUGGAAAAGAUCAAGCCGGUGGUUGUCAUCAUGUAUCACUCGGAUCUGGCCACAUUCCGACAGGUCGAGUUGUUCCACGCGACAAAUUCGAAUUUCCAUCUACACUUCUACUUCCUACAGUACUCCGAUUCGACCGAGGAGGAAAGAUACCUAAGCCGACUGAGCAAGGAAAACGAAGCCUUCUCCCACCUGAAAAACGAAGUUGAUAACCUGUUGAUCGCCCGUGAAUUCGAUGCGGGAAGGGAAGAAGCCCCCAGAUUGGCCGUGAACACGUUGGAAGCUGGCGGAUUCCAGGAGGAUACUGUCGCCAGGCCAAAGAUAAUCGUCGACAUGCGCGAGUUCAACAGCGAGUUGCCGACGAUUCUCUACAAGAAGGGAUACGAUGCGAUUGCGGCCACCCUCGAGGUGGGCGACUACGUGCUCUCCCCCGGUAUUACAAUCGAACGAAAAGCCCUCGACGACUUGACCCAAUCACUCCAAAGUGGCCGCGUCUUCAAGCAGACCGAACAGAUGCUGGCCAACUACGCGGCCGCCUAUCUGCUGAUCGAGUCGAACACUAAGUUCGAGCUGAAGAUUGUCAAUGGAGGGCCCUUUCAGGGAGAACUGUCUCGUCAUUGCCGUGAGAUCCGCCAGCAGCUCUGCACCCUCAUUCGCCUCUUCCCAAAACUGAAGCUCAUCUGGUCGCUCUCCCCGGCCAAUUCUGCCGAUUAUUUUGCCGAUUUGAAGCUAAACACGGCCGAUCCGGACGUGGAGCGCGCGGUGGCUAUUCGAGGGGAUGAAGUCAACGAUGAAGGUGCUUUUUUCGAGUUC